CAAGCAGCAGAAGAAGAGGUGACGUCACGUGUUUCCGGGUUCGCGCUGAACCUUUCCAGUAAAGCCGAGAUCCGAGGUGUAUACACAAAGCAGGAAGGAUGCUGGCGUGUCUCGGCUGUCCCGGACUGAGUCGCGCACUCGGCUCAGGGGUGCUGCAUUUACCCAACACUUUUGUGACUCGCGCUCCUCAGAUCUCCUCUUCAGUCAGCAGAGGGAGCCAGGUGGCGUUAGUGCGCUACAGCAGCACGGCUCAGCAGGAAAAAGUCAAGAAAACAAAGUUUGGACCUUUGGCUGACGAGGACAGAAUUUUCACCAACCUUUAUGGCCGACAUGACUGGAGGCUGAAAGGUGCGCUAAGUCGCGGCGACUGGUACAAGACUAAAGAGAUCCUGGAAAAGGGAGUGGACUGGAUCCUCAACGAGAUCAAGGUGUCUGGUCUCCGUGGUCGAGGAGGAGCUGGCUUCCCCACAGGGAUGAAGUGGGGCUUCAUGAACAAACCCAGCGACGGCCGGCCCAAGUACCUGGUGGUGAACGCGGACGAGGGAGAACCCGGGACCUGUAAAGACCGAGAGAUCAUGCGCCAUGACCCACACAAGCUGGUGGAGGGCUGCCUGGUCGCGGGUAGGGCCAUGGGAGCGCGCGCUGCGUAUAUCUAUAUCCGUGGAGAGUUUUACAAUGAGGCGUCCAAUCUUCAGGUGGCCAUUAACGAGGCGUACGGAGCAGGGCUGAUUGGAAAAAAUGCCUGCGGCUCGGGCUAUGACUUUGACGUGUUUGUGAUGCGCGGCGCCGGAGCUUAUAUCUGCGGAGAGGAGACUGCUCUGAUCGAGUCCAUCGAGGGUAAACAGGGGAAGCCCCGUCUGAAGCCACCUUUUCCUGCUGACGUGGGAGUGUUCGGUUGCCCAACCACUGUGGCAAACGUCGAAACAGUGUCUGUAGCCCCGACGAUCUGCCGCCGUGGUGGCUCGUGGUUCGUCAGUUUUGGCAGAGAGAGGAACUCUGGCACAAAGCUUUUUAACAUCUCCGGUCAUGUCAACAACCCCUGCACCGUGGAGGAAGAGAUGUCUAUUCCGAUGAAGGAGCUGAUUGAGAGGCAUGCAGGUGGUGUCCGAGGGGGCUGGGAUAACCUCCUGUGUGUAAUCCCCGGUGGGUCGUCCACACCGCUCAUUCCUAAACACGUGUGUGAGGACGUGCCCAUGGACUUUGACGGCCUCAUACAGGCUCAAACCGGCCUGGGUACCGCAGCACUCAUCGUCAUGGACAAAUCGACGGAUGUAAUCAGAGCUAUUGCACGGCUGAUUGAAUUCUACAAGCAUGAAAGCUGUGGCCAGUGCACCCCCUGCAGGGAAGGAGUGGAUUGGAUGAAUACGAUGAUGUGGCGCUUCGUAAAGGGAGACGCACGGGCAGCAGAGAUCGAUAUGAUCUGGGAGCUCAGCAAACAGAUUGAAGGUCACACCAUUUGUGCUCUGGGAGAUGGAGCUGCGUGGCCCGUACAGGGUUUGAUCCGUCACUUCCGCCCCAUCAUGGAGAGCAGGAUCUCAGAGUUCCAGCAGAAACAACAAGCUCGGGCUUAAGAUUAGCAUCCUCCUUCUCUACAACCUUUUCCCCAAUAUACAUUAUAUUUAAAAAUUUAAGUGUUCUCCAACACUGUUCUCUCCAUCAAACUUGUGAUGCUUUUGCAUCCAGUCUAAAAAAAAAUGACUAAUAAAGUUCUAUGAAUUGUUAGAUUCA